CGAAGAUGAAUACACUUUGACGAGCGCCUCUUUGUAGAGGCAGCAGACAUUGGAAAUCCAAACGAUGAUCAGUUGCCUGAAUCGGAUGAUGAGGAGCUAGAGUGGUGGAGCAGAAGUCACCAGUGGAAAAAGAGGACAAUGAGGAGGAUGUGCAGGCCAGCACACCGAAAACCAGCAAAAUCAAAAUUAUUUUAAAUGCUGCCACUCCUCUAAGUUCCCCCGAAAUGGAUGGCAUCGUUCUGGACUUCGAGGGCACAACUCAAAACAUUUCCCCCAUCCUGAAGGCCAUCAAUGAGUGUGACCUGGAGACAGAGGAUGAUCUGCCAGUCACGGAGAAUGAUCUGAAACGCAAGCGCGAUAGCUUGGACAAUGUGUCACUAAUGUCAGUCGAUUCCUUUGCCCUUCCGACAAGCACCAAAAAACCGAAGCUCAUUCGCACGGGUUCCAUAUCGAGGACCCUGCGACGAUCCGUGAGCUUCGUGGCUGAACCACUGAUGAAGACGUUAAGACCUCGAAGAAGCUCUGUGGCAGAUGCAUCCACCUUCUUGGGCAGCGAGGCAGCUGCUGAUGACUCCAUUUGCUCCCUGGCCUCGUCCAUUAAUCUAACCCUGAAUGAAUCAUAAGAAGCCGGUUAAGGAAAAGUUACGCAGCUUUUGCGGCAGGAUAACGAGGAGCAGCAGUCGCAGAACUGAACGAGCAGGUGGCGAUGGCACUCCGGAUUGUACGGGAAUACUGGACAGCGGUUUCAAGACCCCAAGGCACCCAAGCCCCGAUCCACGGCCACGCCCAAGACCGGCAAGCGACUCUUCGGCCCCGUCUCCGGCGUUGUUUCUGCUUUGACCCUAACUACUAAUCCCUCCACACCCACUCCCACACCAAAUCCCAAUCCGAAUGCCAGUUUGGAUGUCCACGACACCUCUAUAUCACCUCCACCAAUACAUUUGCUUACUGUGCUGCUGCCAUACCUCCUCCUCCAUCAUCAUCAUCAUCAUCAUCAUUGAUGUCAUCUCCCACAUUGUCGAUCGCUGUACAUAGCUCGGUGCAAGUAACUAAGACAUCAGAAGAGACGUCGACAGUGGGGCGAACAAUACCGUUCUCGCCACAGAAGAAACCCACCA